AUCGAUUGAUUUAACUGUAAAUUAUAUUGAGUUUGUUGGUUGGAGUUUUUUUGUUACAAUUUGAAUAAUAUUCAUUAUCAUUAAAUGUUAAUUGUUGAUCAACAAUCAGCGCAAUCUCUUGAUUAUUGAUCGGAACAUCUUAAACUUUCUUACCAUUAGAACUAAAUUGUAAACUCGACAAGACAAUUUAUUCAACUUUCUAGUGAUCAAAUGUUAACAUGUCUUGAUAAUCAAGCGAAAUCUCAUCAACAAUCAACUAAUCAGUGAUUCAAUGAUUAACUUUUAAUCAACUAACAGUAACUUAAAUCAUUUAAAGAGCUUCCCUUAAUUAACUAAUUAUUUUUAAUCAGUGAAAAAAUAUUAAUCAUCUUGUAAGUGCCUUUGAUUGUUUGCAAUUUUCAGCCAACAAUUAAGAUGGACAAGAUAUUAUCAGGUCUCUAUUUAGGUGGAAUCCGUGAUUCCCGUGAUGUUCAACAAUUAACAUUAAAUAACAUCUCACACAUUAUCUCAAUCCAUGAUAAUCCAACGUCAACUAAUCAAAAUCAAAUACCAAUCAAAUAUCUUUGUAUUAAAGCCUCAGAUGAACCGGAUCAGAAUUUAAUUCAGUAUUUUAGUCUUACUAAUGAAUUCAUUCAUUCAGCUCGUCUCAAUGGUGGAAAUGUUUUAAUCCAUUGUUUGGCUGGUGUUUCUCGUAGUGUAACAAUUGUAAUUGCUUACAUCAUGUCGAUUACAACAAUUAACUGGAAAGAGGGAUUGAAAUGUGUCCGAGCGGCUCGAUUGUUGGCCUCGCCGAAUCAAGGAUUCAUUAAACAAUUACAAGAAUUUGAAAGAACUGGUAAAUUGCGACAGGAGAGGAAACGAUUACAGAGUAAAUUUAAUCAACAAUUAACACAAUUAACUGACGAGGAACAUGUUACCUGGUUAAUUAAAAGAUAUCAUUCACUUGGACCAAUUAAACAUUUAUCGGCAGAGGAUUUACUAAGGGCUUCUCAAUAUACUUCGUUCAGUGAGGUUGAUAAAUUGUCUUCAUUAACAAGGAGGGAAACAAUUAAAUCCAAUGGAUCAAGUGGUUUAUUUACAUUUGGGUGAUACAAACAGCUAAUUGUCUACAAUUUAAUCAUCAACAAUUUAUUCAUAAUGAAUUUUGGUGUAUUUUUGGCUUUCAUGAGUGAGAAUCGACCAAUAUGAUUGUCUGAUAUCGAAAGAAUCAAUUUUGAGAUUUGAUCUCUUCCUUAAUUUCAACAAUCAGUUGAAGAUUUCGCUGAUUAUUAACGGCAUGACAUCGGCAAUUAACCAGAAAUUGGCUUGUUAUUAGUAAAUUAUGUUCCUAAUUCAAUUCAACCGCCUUAAAAUAAAUUGUUGCAGAUAAUGAUAACAAUCAAAGUUUUUCAUCAUUCCAGAUAAUCAAGAAUAUCAGGAAAAAAAAGCUCCAACCAAUUAAAUCAACUCCAAAUUAAUAGUCCAUUUCAUGUAAUACUUUAAUUGUCCAGUUAUUCAGUAGACAAAAUGAACUAACAUUAUGGUCAAGUAAAUCAUAAUAUCUUAAUCACAUUGAGUUAAUUUAAUUAACUAUGUAUGAAUACAAAAACCAAAUGAAAGCAAAUCUUCAAAUUAAAUGUAACUAAAUCAAUUCAAAAUUAAAAAAUGAAACCAUUUCGUUUGUUACGGAUCAGUGUUCAUCUU